AUUUGGCGGGGAAGCGCGUUAAAAUGAUAAAAUAAUACGUACGACGCUCGUGUGCGAAAAAUAAUUAUUCAUAUUGCUAACUAGAAAGGAAAUGAGCUUAUCUUCUUUAUGCUUUAUUUUUAUUUUUAGACGCAUUAUUCUAAUAUUACAUUCUAAUAUGACAUUGGUUUUCGAAUAUGCUUUGACGAAAUACAAUCAUUACAAUAAAUCAUUAGCGGCGCGGGUGCGAAAUUUAGUUGUUUGUUAUUAUAAUUAGGAUGGGAAGCUGCAAUCUCGCAAUAGUGUUUAUUUAUAGCAGCUAUGAUAAGACGCUUAAAUCGUGUGCGAAAAAUCUUAUCUUCUUUAUGCUUUAUUUUUAUUUUUAGACGCAUUAUUCUAAUAUUACAUUCUUUGUAUUUAUGCUUCGGUCAAUGUCCUUGAAAUAAGGGAACGACCCCUAAGUAUGAUGAGCCCCCGAACCGCGUAUUACGAAUUUAGUGCUAAAGCGGUAUACCUACAAAUUAGCGUAUAAAAGCAAACAACAUUUACAUUAAAAUUCAUUAGUUACGAGAAUAGCAGACAUUAUGGAUGAUUUAUGGAAUGAUGAUCCAAAUAUUAACCUUACUUGGGUCGAUAAUCCCUCCCCGAAGAUAGUCGAGGCACAUACAGGAGCAGAAGAUUUAAUAUCAACAUGGUCCAUGUUUCUCGAUUGCUCAACUUUGCUAGAAGUGGGAAAUUCAUUGAGGAAUAGUUUCGAGCCAGUGGUGCAGAUAUUUUGCCCUCCACUCCGAGAAAGUUGUUUGCAUUUUAAUAUUUCCGAAUGGAGCGAUAUUUCCGCUAUUAAAACCGAGCACAACAUUCGACUCAUGCUUAAAAGUACCGACCAGUUGGAACAUGAAGUGUUCGUAGGGUACGGUAUAAAAAUUACGUUGGCUGACUGUGAAAAUGGUAGUAGGGGUAUAAGAAUAAGUCAAGGAUUCAAUUCCAUAGUGCUAACCGAAGAAGCCGUAAAUCGUUUCCUCUCCGCUGUACAUUUUGUACAUCAAAAAUUGGAUUUUCUAAGCGAUUAUUCGACGUACUGGUACUAUCAGGACUUUGCGGAUGAAGUAGCGGAUGAUCUUUGCAAGGACGGUCUGUUCGAUGAACAAAACAUUUUGUCAAGAGGAAAAUUUUUCUGUCAAAAUCUUAAGUUACUAAAAAAGUUGGUUGCACACUCAUGUUUAAGAGAUUUUUCAUUUUUAGCAGAAAUUGUAAAUAUUCACCCUCAAAGAUUUGUAAAAGAUGUAACCGAGAAAAUGCUGAAGGAGAAACAAUAAAAUAGUUUGGUGAUAAGUUUGUUGUUUAUAUAUACAUAGGGAAAAGAAAAGCACCAUUUUCAAAAUGUAUUAUAUAUUUUCGCAAUAGCUACAUUAAAAUCGCAUAAUUAUGCAAAUUAAAUUUUACGUACUAUAUUAGUAAAUGGCUCGUAUUCAAUUAAAACAUCAUGCAAAAUUAUACAGUAAGCGGAGGUGUCGGCU